GCGAGGUUAGCCCUCCCACCAGCCCUGGGCCUUCCUUUUCCUCCUGCUCCUUAAUUCGGGUGCAUGGAGGAAGCAGGGGUACCAUGUAGCUCUUCUCACAGCCUGUCUAGACCAGCAGUGAGUCUGUCUGGGCAUCUUUGCCUCCCCACGUGCUCCCCAGGCAUGAUUGGUGUCUCCCCAUGCAACUUGCUGGCAGCACCCUGGCCUCUGUGAAGGAUCCUCUGCACGAGGCUGUGCCGCCCCUGUUCAGUUCAGGACCCAGAGCACCUCCAGUAGGAGCACAGCGUGUCUGCUGCCCGAGGCCGCUUGCCUGAGGGGCCAGCACAGGCUGGAGUGCGGGCAGUCUCUGCAUGGUGCUGCAUUCUGGGCUGGAGGCUGCCAGGGGCUGGUUUAUGUCUGUCCCUGUGAUGGAUGCUUGGGGCUCAGGGGCCAGCUGCCUGCCCAUGCCCCAAGCCCUCCAGUCUUUCUCAGAGCUGGGGUUGGGGAGCUUUAGCUGGUCCUUUCUUCUGUCUUCAGACACCCCAGCUGGAUUUUGUCCUUUAGCUGGAGCCUUCCCUCCUGGCCCUUGCCUGCUUAGGGCCUGCCCGGACUCUACUCUCCCCAUGUGAUUGCCUGGUCAGGCACCUAGAAAGGGGCCUGUGUCUUUGGGCUCAGAGUUUGAGGCCUGUGGUCUAAGGAGUUUGGGGUCUCUGGUCUGUCUCUGUGGCCUGGGCACUCUGGGUGUCUCCACUGCAUGCAGCCAGGCCCUACCCUGCUCUGCCGCACCUCAGGGCAUGUGCCACAGUCCACCCGCUGACCAGAUUGAGAAACCUGGAUAGCAUUUCCAGGUUGUUCUCUCACCUCUGGGCUCUUUCAACCUCCUCCUACAUGGCCCUGCCUGUUUGUCCUCCCAAUGGUUCCACGUCUCCCUCCAGGGUCUGAGCAGUCACCCUGCUUACCUUCCUGCUUCUGCCUUACCCUCUCGCCUUCCUGCUCUGCCCCCCAGCCAGCAGCCUCACUGAAGAGCUCGUCCUUCUGCCAUCCUUGCAGCUGGUCCCCGGGCUCUUGCCCUCACCUGUAACCUUUCCCACACCUCAGCCCCAGCCCUACAGACCCACCUGUAGGGAGCAGCCAGCAGGCCGGGCCUGUGCCUAGGACUUCACCUCUGCUCCCAAGCUCUGUGGCCUGGGCAAGGCCGUCCCAGCACUGCACACUGAGAAAGACAGACCAGGGGAGAUAAGGGAAAGCCAGACAAGGUAGUUCACAGAAACUGAGGGAGGAGGAGCGGAUUCUUGAGCAGGAUGUGAUGCAUGCAGCCAGAGACCGUGUGAGGCCUGAAGCUGGGCAUCUCUUGAUGGCCCAGGAAAUGCAAAGGGUGGACAGAUUGGAGCUGUCGAGGAGUGCGUGGACCUCAGGAAGUGGAGACAGGGCACACAAAGAAGCCUAUUAAGAGGUUUUGAUGUGACGAAGAGGGUGUGAGGCCCAGGAGGGCUGCCUGUGCGUGUGUGUGUGUGCGUGGGAGAGGCUGGAGUGGACUUGAGCUGACAGGUCAGCAGACACAGGGAGUGACUGUGUGAAGGCAGAGAGCGUGGGCUGCAGGGUGGAGGUCAGGCCGGCCUGAUGGCAGAAGUGGAUGGCAGGACGUCCGGGGCCUGGAGGGCCUGAUUCUCCUCUUGACCCUCAGCCUUGUCUCUCCAUGCCAGGGCUCCUUGAGACCUUGGUGAUUCUUUGGUCUGACCAGUGCUGUUUUGUUAAUUUUAUGUGAUAGUCUGUGUAAGUUUUGCCCCCAGGGCCUCCCACUGUAGAAGGAGGGAGGGGGGUGCAGACCCAGGUGAGCCCCGGGAGCCUGCAGGACUCAGCUGGAUGGUCAGGUGGGCUUGGAUGUCCCUCCCUAUGCUGGCAGGGCAUGGGCAGAGCCUGCACAUGGCUGACUGACUCCUGGGUUUCCUCUGGGCUGAGCUAUCUGGCUGUCGGCCUGUGCUGUCAUCUGCUCUGCAUCGCAGCAGAGCCCAGGCCUGACACACCUGCAGGCACGCUCACCCAAAGGAAGGUCUCUCCAUGAAGACCCUCUCUGCUGUGAGCUCGGAGUUUCUGGGUCAUGUUCUCCACUGAACCCACGCACCCGGCACGUUGAACAGCUAGUCACCUGUUCAUUCGUUUGUGCGUUUAUGAGUACUUACUGCAGAGUACGCACUGGGCUCGCUCUGAGAACAUGGCAGGGACACAAACAGGGCCAUGUCAGAAAUUAAAACAGGGCGAUGAGGUAAGAGAGUAACAAGGUAACCACAGAAGACCUCUGAGGAGGUCACAUUUGAGAUGUGAAGUGAAUUACGAGGAGGGAGUGAGCUAUCCUAAAAUCUGAUGGAAGAACAUUCUGGAGAAGGAACAGCUAAUGCAAGGUGCCAGCGUGUCACCAGCCGGCAUCCAGGAGGGGAUGUGUAUCGUGCCCGCCAUCAACAGGCUUGUCGGCCCCUCGCGGGGAGCCAGGCUGGAGCUGGUGCAGCCCUCCACGUCCUGCCUCUGCCUGCACCCUCCGGGCUGCAGAUGCCCACAGUCUUGACUGUCUGGGCCCGCAUGCUGAGUGGCGGUGCCUGGGGUCGGGCCCUCCGUGCAGCCGCUGUGAGGCAGGAGCUGCUCCCGCCCAGCUCCAGCUCCUCCCCGGUCCCGCUGCCGGAAGCCUGCCAAGCCCUGCGCUGCUGCACCCCCGCCCUGGGCGGUCCCGGCACACCAGAGACCCAGGACCGGAGCACGAAGCAGAGGCCCUGCCUUGGCCCACGGCCAUGUGCGCAGUGCUCUGAGGGCCCCAGGGAGGGCCUGGAGGGGAGGCUGGGCAUGGCUGCCCCCAGGCCUUACCCAGGGUCCCGAAGCCUGGAAGUGGAGCAGGGGGUCCUGGGUGGCCGCCGCUGAUUGGCUUCACCUGCUUCCCUGGUGGCAUCCCGGAAGCUGGAAUUUCUUAUCGGGUAAUUGGCUUCAGACCCUGGACUGAGGCCGGCCAGGUCCCUGGGCCGCUUCCCACAGGCUGUGCACCCUGACCCCGCACAGGAGGCGCUGCCCAUGCCGAGGUGACGGGGCUGCCCUCAGGCCACCCGGCCUGCUGGCCUUGCUGGGGAGGGGAUGCCCACUGAGGGUGCCCGUGCAGCCUGCUGCCCUGCCCCACAGGCCCGGCCUGGCGCUGGCCCUUGCCCCCCUGGCCCCUUGAGCGGCAGCCCCCGCCAUGGCCGAGCACCUGGAGCUGCUGGCGGAGAUGCCACUGGUGGGCAGGAUGGGCACCCAGGAGCGGCUGAAGCAUGCCCAGAAGCGGCGCGCCCAGCAGGUGAAGCUGUGGGCCCAGGCUGAGAAGGAGUCCCUGAGCCAGAAGGGCCGCGGGGGGAGGCCACGGCCAAGUGUGGAGCAGAGCGGGCCGCGCAAGCAGGUUGCCUUCCCACCCAGUGUGGCCCUUCUGGAGGCCACUGCCCGCAAUGACCUGGAGGAGGUCCGCCAGUUCCUGGAGUGCGGUGUCAGCCCUGACCUGGCGAAUGAGGACGGCCUGACCGCGCUACACCAGUGCUGCAUUGAUGACUUCCGGGAGAUGGCACAGCAGCUUCUGGAGGCUGGGGCCAAUGUCAACGCCCGCGACAGCGAGUCCUGGACGCCCCUGCACGCUGCGGCCACCUGCGGCCACCUGCACCUGGUGGAGCUGCUCAUUGCCUGCGGAGCUGACCUCCUGGCAAUCAAUGCUGAGGGGAACAUGCCCUAUGACCUGUGUGAGGACGAGCAGACGCUGGACUGCCUGGAGACGGCCAUGGCUGACCGUGGUGUCACGCAGGAGACGAUCGAGGGGGCCCGGGGAGCUCCUGAGUGGCACAUGCUGGAGGACAUCCGGAGCCUGCUGCGGGUGGGGGCCGACCUCGACACCCCUGGGGACCACGGGGCCACGCUGCUGCACAUCGCCUCGGCCAGUGGGUUCAGCGAGGCCCUGGCCCUGCUGCUGGAGCACGGAGCCAGCCUGAGCACCAAGGACCAGGAUGGCUGGGAGCCGCUGCACGCAGCCGCCUACUGGGGCCAGGUGCACGCGGUGGAGCUGCUCGUGGCCCAUGGAGCCAACUUGACUGGGAAGUCCCUGAUGGAUGAGACCCCCCUUGACGUGUGCGGGGACGAGGAGGUGCGGGCCAAGUUGCUGGAGCUGAAGCACAAGCACGAUGCCCUCCUGCGUGCACAGGGCCACCAGCGCUCCCUGCUGCGUCGCCGCACCUCCAGCGCCGGCAGCCGGGGGAAGGUGGUGAGGCGGGUCAGCCUAACCCAGCGCACCAGCCUGUACCGCAAGGAGCACGCCCAAGAGGCCAUCGUGUGGCAGCAGUCCCCGCCCGCCACCCCGGAGCCCGAGGAGGAUGAGGAUGGCCAGACGGAUGCAGAGCUCCGGGCACCGUCCCCCGAGGAGGAUGGCCCUGAGGCUGCCACGCCGCACAACGGUCAGGUGGGAAGCCCCCCGGGGCGGCACCUCUACUCCAAGCGGCUAGACCGGAGCGUCUCCUACCAGCUGCACCCCCUGGAGGGCUCCCCAGAUGCCCUCACCUGCGACAAGGCCCACCACACCCUGGCAGAGCUUAAGCGCCAGCGAGCUGCUGCCAAGCUGCAUCGCUCCCCACCAGAGGGGCCUAGGACCCCUGACUCUGGUCUGCCUGCUGAUGCCGAAGCCCCCCAGCCUGAAUGUGGCUCGAGGGCUAGUGGGGACCCACCCCUGCUCAAGCUGACAGCCCCCUCAGAGGAGGUCCCCGCAGAGAAGAGACCGUGUUGCCUGCUCAUGUGAGCAGGACGUGAGGGGACCACUGUCGGCCCAGACAGAGAGGCCUGUUCUGCCCUGCAGACCACCCCCCCAAGUGUGCCCUGGUGCUCUGGGCAGGCAGCCACCACGGGGGCCUCAGUUUCCUCUCUUGGGUGGGUGCUGUGGGCUUAAGUCUUGCCUGGGUGAAGGGCUAUGCAGAGGCUCCUUCCCGCCCGUGACCCUGAUAAAGGACGGUUCUGCACCA